AUGACGCAUGCGCAACGCAGGCUUAUCAAUGAUGAUGAAUACGACCGUAAGAGACGCGAUAAAUUUCGUGGUGAAAGAGGGACAGCAGAAGGAAGUAGUUAUAGAAGCAGCGAUAGGCGGGAAGAAAGAAGUCGGGGUCGUGAAGAGUGGUCCGAAAGGUCUAGAGGCGGUCGUUCUGGCCCUGACUAUAGAGAUUACCGUGGAGGGGCAAGUGCCAGCAGAGGUUAUUCUCCAGUAAGAGGAGAAGGGCCACCAAAUAAACGUAUUAGACCUGAUUGGCCUGUUGAUGAUAGAAGAUAUGGAGGCAUGCCACAUGAUUCAUAUGGGUCUUAUGGCUGGGCACAUGACCAUUUUGGCCCUCAUCCAGCACACCAAGGCUAUGGUCAGCCUAUGCCACCAGUACCAGCAAGUGAUUAUGAUGUUAGGGAUGCUGUGCUACCCAUGGGCCCAGCAGAUGGGCCUCCCACGAUGAUGUCCUUCAAAGCAUUCUUAGCCGCUCAAGAUGACUCAAUCACUGUGGAUGAUGCCAUACAGAAGUACAAUGAAUACAAGCUCGAAUUCAAAAGACAGCAGCUAAAUGAAUUUUUUGUUGCUCAUAAGGAAGAAGAAUGGUUCAAGAUAAAAUACCACCCAGAAGAGUCUGUGAAGCGCAAAGAGGAACAGCUAGCUGCAUUAAAGAAUCGUCUGAACGUAUUCCUUGAGCUGUUGGAGCAAGGUGAGCUGGAUAAGGUGACUGUCGACGUGGACAAGUCCGACAAGUUGAUACGAUUACUUGAUACAGUGGUCAUCAAGUUAGAGGGUGGUACAGAAGAAGACCUGAAAGCUCUUGACGAUCCCGCUCCUGUAGAAGUUACUAAUGACAAACAAGAUAAAAAUGAUGCUGAAAAAGCUGUUGUCAUUGAUGUUGACGCAGUUAAAGUAAAAGAUGAAAAAGAAAGCCAGACUAAAGACAAGGAGAAAAAGGCUGAAUCUCCAAAAUCUACCGCUCCACUCACAAUGGAGAUAGACCCGCAUCUUCGCCAAUUGCAAGAACAAGCUAAAUUAUUUUCCCGUUUUAAUUCAGCUCCUGGAACAGAACCUGAACAAGAAGCUCCUGAAAAAGAACCUCCUCCACCUGGUUCCUCAUCAAGCUCCUCAUCAUCAAGUUCGUCAUCGUCGAGCUCAGAAGACGAAGGUGAAACGACAAAUCGUCGUAAAUCCAAAUCCAAGUCAAAAUCAAAGACGCCAGACAAAUCGCCAAAAAAGAAGGAACCCUCUAAAUCUCCUGAAAAAGUCGAUGAGAAUAAGGAAAAAGACGAGAGCAAUGAUAAAUCGGAGCCGUCUAACGAUGUUGUAGUUGAAAAGAAGGAAUCGCGAGCUCUUCAUAAAACAACUUCCAUUUUCUUAAGGAACUUAGCACCAACAAUUACCAAGGCUGAGGUUGAGGCUAUGUGCAAGCGCUACGGCGGGUUCCUGCGCGUGGCGCUGGCGGACCCGCUGCCCGAGCGGCGCUGGUUCCGCCGCGGCUGGGUCACCUUCCGCCGCGAGGUCAACAUCAAGGACAUUUGCUGGAAUCUCAAUAAUAUACGGUUGCGCGAGUGCGAGCUGGGCGCGAUCGUGAACCGCGACCUGCAGCGCCGCGUGCGCGCCGUGGCCGGCGUCACGCUGGAGCGCGCCGUGCUGCGCGCCGACGCGCGGCUGGCGGCGCGCCUGGCGCACCACCUGGACGCGCGCGCGCGCCUCUGGCCCGACGACGACCCCGCCGAGAACUUCAGCCUAAACUCGAAAAACCCCGUUCUCCACAAAAUCACAGAACACCUAAUAGAGGAAGCGUCGACGGAAGAGGAGGAGUUGCUGGGGCUGGAGGCGCCCGCCGACGCGGCGCCGGAGCCGGCGGACCCGGCGCUGCUGCGCGUGCUGGACCGCCUCGUGCUGUACCUGCGCAUCGUGCACUCCGUGGACUACUACAACCACUGCGAGUACCCCUACGAGGACGAGAUGCCCAACCGCUGCGGCAUCAUGCACGCGCGCUCCGGACCGCCCGCUAACAAGCCUACUCAACAAGAGAUCCAAGAUUAUAUCAAAACUUUUCAAGGAAAAAUGUCUGCUUUCUUGCAAGAUGUAAAACCGUUAACUGACGAAGAGUUGCAGAAACUUGGAAUCAAGGAUCCAGAUGUUGAAGUGGAAAAAUUCAUUCAAGCAAAUACACAAGAACUAGCUAAAGACAAAUGGUUGUGCCCACUGAGUGGGAAGAAAUUCAAAGGUCCAGAUUUUAUCAGAAAACAUAUUUUUAAUAAGCACGGGGAGAAGGUGGAGGAGGUGCGGCACGAGGUGGCGUACUUCAACGCGUACGUGCGCGACGUGCGCCGCCCGCAGCAGCCCGAGCCGCCGGCGCGCGCGCCCGCGCCGCACGCGCCGCCCGCGCACCCGUACAGCGGCGCGGGCGCGGGCGCGCGCGCCUGGGCGUGGGGCGGCUGGGCGCCGCCGCAGCCCUACGCGCCGCGCCACCCGCGCUUCUCGCGGCCCAGGGGCGGCGGCGCCGAGUUCCGUCCCGUCAUACACUACCGAGACUUGGACGCGCCUCGGGAUCCAGACGAGUUCAUU